UGACACGCUGGUAUAAAUGCAGUGUUCACCUCCUGUGUGGCUAUGAGUCUUCAGAACAUCAUCAUCAUCUUCAUCACCCGCCUGCACUCGUCUGGUCGACAUGGGUGUGGCGUACAGCGUGGGAGAGGUGGAUCAUCUCUACACGUUCUUUGUCCAGUGGUCUCCGGAAACCAUUUACAGUAAACACACCAGCAAGCAGGAUUUCCUGACGGUCCAUCCACAAACCCUCAGUGUGAUCGACACUUUACUGAAUAACUCUGACCCCAAAAACUGGAAGAUUGUCACUGUGAACCAGCAGAAUAAGCGUUGUGCCAGUGUGUGCAGUUCUGCAGACUCUGAAUCUGAAGAUCUUCUGCCAGUUUUAAUAAACCACAGUCAGAUCCUGAAGCAGCACCAUCUGGAACACCUGGUGAGCCAGAUUCCCGCACGGACUCAGGGUUAUCGGUGGAAACUGGUGUACAGUACGGCGGAGCACGGCACCAGUCUGAGAACACUGUACCGGCAGAUGGCAGACAUAGACAGACCCGUUCUGAUGGUCAUCAAGGAUUCAGACAAGCAGGUGUUCGGAGCGUUUUCCUCAGACCCUUUCCGAGUGAGCAACUUCUGCUACGGGACAGGAGAGACGUUCCUCUACAGCUUCAGUCCUGAGUUUCAGAUUUUCCGCUGGAGUGGAGAAAACUCCUACUUUGUGAGAGGAUUCCUGGACUCGCUUCAGAUGGGAGGAGGAGGGGGUCCGUUCGGGUUGUGGCUGGACGCUGACCUGUACCGAGGAUCCAGUUAUUCCUGCGACACUUUCUGCAGCCGGCCACUCAGUCUUCACCACGACUUCACCGUUCAGGAUCUCGAGGUCUGGACCUUCAUCUGAGUCUGCUACCGUUGAUCCGAGGAAACCGGAGGAACCGGUCUGAUAACUCGCGGCUGCUGCCUCGCUCGUAACCGGCUUUAGAUAAAAGCUUCUGCUAACUCAACCGACAGCAAUGUAAACGUAGAGCAAACGAGUCGAGACAGAUUUAGGGUUUCCAGUUCCCAGUUCCCGUAACAGGAACCGUUUAGGAGACCUGACGCGACACGAUCGGCAUUGCUCGAGAUCUAACGCUUCCAUGUUUCCAACUGUGUCGUCGGCAACACUAGUUUGGAAACGAGACCCACCCGUGAGAACUACUGAGUCUUUACUUUAAAAUGCACUUAAUGGAGGACCAAUGCUUCCGACUACUAAAUAUCUACGAAAAAAUGGUUCUCUGUAUGAUUGUAUGAUCUUAUUUUUUUUUACUGUAUUUAAAGAAGUUUGUGAUAUGUUGAGUUGGGGGUUUUGAUGGUGUUUAUCGGCAGUGCUGGCGCUGCAUCGUCUAAUAAAACAUGUUUUUCUGGAAAA